AGUCAUUCCAACCAGGAAGCAUCAGUUCAGAUAUCAAAAGGGAGUUUCUGUGAAACUCAUCUGAGAAACGGAUGUGAAUUCAGAUCGUGAGGCAGUUACACAGCUACAGCAGCGCAGUUCAUGUCCUCUGCUCCGAGAAUGUCUUCCUCUGCAUUUCUGUUGGUGUUGUGCGUCCACGGGGCAUUAUCACUGAAAAUAUGUUCAUUCAACAUACAGUCCUUUGGAGAAAACAAGAUUGCAAAGCAAGAGGUCCUAGAUGUGAUACUCAAGUGCAUUGCACGUUGUGAUAUCACACUGGUGAUGGAAAUUAAAGAUGCUAAAGAACGCGCUUUCCCUCAGCUGGUAACACACCUGAACAGGGGAUCCAGCCGCGGAGCCGAGGAGUACAGUUAUGUCAUCAGCAGGAGGCUGGGAAGAAAUUCAUAUAAGGAGCAGUAUGGCUUUAUCUAUAGACGCAGAUUGGUGUCUGUGAAGGCCACGUAUCAGUACCCCGACAAUCAGAGUGGAGACAAAGAUGUGUUCUCCCGCGAGCCUUUCGUAGUUUGGUUUUCUUCUCCCACAACAGCCAUUAAGGACUUUGUAAUAAUUCCCACACACACAACCCCAGAGACAGCAGUGCGAGAGAUUGACGAGCUCUAUGACGUUUACCAGGACGUCAAACGGCAAUGGACCACAGCACAGAGCUUCAUCAUUAUGGGGGACUUCAACGCAGCAUGUGGUUACGUCCCAAAAAAGCAGUGGAGCAGCAUCCGCCUCAGAUCAGACCGCAGCUUCCUGUGGCUGACCAGCGAUAACAUGGACACCACCGUGAAGGAGUCAACUCGCUGUGCCUAUGACAGGAUUGUUCUGCGUGGAGAGAGUUUGAUCCAGGCCGUCUCCCCAGACUCAGUGGAAGUGUUUAACUUCAAAGAAGCAUAUGGACUCACAGAGAAUCAGGCCCUGGCAGUGAGCGAUCAUUUCCCAGUGGCUUUCACUCUUCGUCCGCAGCGGGGAAAGAACGGAUGGAGAUACUGAGGAAUACCUGCGGUUGUCCGGGCAACCCACGUCUGCCUGGAAGCCACAGUGCCAUAGCAAGCGCUUCAAAACCUGUCUUUCCCAAUGAAUGCAUCUCAUUAGGGCUUCGGUUAAACUGCCUUGAAUAAUCGCCCAGAAUUAGAGCUAAUUAGGUGGGUGAAAGAUCGCCACUCAGCCACUGAAGGCUUGCCGGGAUAUUAGACGAGUAACCCUCUCGGGUUGAGGUGUGAAUCUACUGCACUAAAAACGGGAACGCAGGGCAGCGAAAACGGGAGCAUUUAGGGUGACUCUCUGCUCGUUAAUGAACUGCGGAUUCAAGGUGUGGAUUUCACCGUCGCUAGGAAACCAUUUGUUUUACCAAAUGUCCUUUCGCUGAGCUUGCUUUUGAACAUUUUUUAAAACCCACUGUAUUCCUUCUUUAACGCCAUGCAAGUAAUUGUAUCUAAAUAAAAUUACAUUUAUAACAUCA